AUGGUGGGAAAACGGAGUUCAGCAGCCACGACGGCGGCGUCACCUGCUCGGCAGAGGCCUCCAAGGCGUUCCGCAGCUCGUGCUCCUCCAAACGGAGCUGCUUCCUCCUCUCCUGCCUCCGCUUCUGCGCGUUCCCCUGCUUCUUCGUCAAAGAGAAAGCCGAGGAGAAGGGUCGACAAGGACGAAGAGGCCCGGAUGGAAGCUAACAAGAAGGCUUCAAAUCUGAGGAAAACGGCGGACGAGGAGGUGGACGAGGUGGAGGAGGUGGAUGGGGCGGACGAAGAGGAGGUGGCGGUGGUGAAAGGGAAGAGGAAGGCAAAAGCGAAGGAAGUGGAGGAGGAGGAAGAGGAGCAGGAGGAGCAGGAGAGUGAGGAUGCGUCCGUGGACGAGAAGGACGUGAUUCCGAAGCGGGAGGCGAACGCACGGUGGCCAAAGCGGUGCAAGGAGGUGAAGGGAGUCAAGCACUACUCGGCAGUCACCAUGGACGGUCACCUGUACAAGCUCGGCGACGAUGUUACUGUGCAGGGCGAGCCCAACGGUCAUGACUUCAUGGGUACGAUCAAGGAGAUAUUCAAGCCCGCCAAGGGAGAAGUGUCAUGCUUAUUACGCUGGUACUUCCGGUACAGCGAUACGGCCAUGGGGGCGUUGGGGGACGGCAUUGUGGAUCCGCGCUUGUGCUUCUGGUCGCGGGAGACUGACGACAACCCUGCCAGCUGCAUCACAGGGAGGGUCAGAGUCAAGCGAGUCAAACCUCCGUCGGGCCCCAAGGAGCCGCUGGACAUACCAGGAGACGUGGACUUCGUGUACCACUACAUGUACUCUUAUGACUUCGCCUCCUUCUCCGACAUUCCCAAUGAUGAGUGCGAGCAAAAGCUGGACUGCCUCCCGGACCCGCCGGCCGUCCACCCACCUGGAUCAAACGGGGUGAAUGGAACGGAAGAGAGCGAGAAACACGAGGUGGCAAGGAAGGCCGAGUGCAAUGGAAUGCAUGGGGGAGAUGGAGGAGAGAAGGCCGUGCAGAGCAAGGAGGAGGAGGGGGCUACUGGGAAGGAUGAGAGUGGCCUGGGAGAUGAGUGUCUUGUGGAGCUGGAAGAUAAGAAGGCAGAUGGGAAGACAGAAGGCACAGCGGUGGAAGGUGUAAAGGUGGAGAGUGGUGGGGCAGUGGGGGGUGUGAGUGAGGUGGGAGUUGAUAAUCAGGAGCAGGGCGAGGAAGGAAAGGGGGAAAAUGGGAAGGGAGAGAAAGGAAAAGGGGAAAGUGGAAAGGGAAACGAAGGGAAGGAGGUGGAAGGGAAGGCAGGUGUGAAGGUUGAAGAUCCUGCAGUAGGCAGUAUGAAUGUGGAGAAUGGGGGGCCAUUGAAUGAUGCUGGUGAGACGGGAGAUAAUCAGAAAAAGCGCGAAAAAUUGCAGGGAGAAAAUGGGAAGGGAGAGGACGGAAAGAAAGAGGAAGGCCAAGAAGGUAUGAAGGUGGAGAGUGGUGGGGCAGUUGAGGGUGCGGGUGGGGUGGGAGAUCAGGAGAAGGACGAAGAAGGGAAGCAAGAAGAAGGCACAGGUGAGGAAGGAAAGGGACAGGAAGGAAAGGGAGAGGAAGGAAAGGGAGAGAAAGGGAGGAAGGAAGGAAGCGAGGGGAACAAGAAGGAAGAGGACGGGAAGGAGGACCAAGGAGAGAAGACGAGCAAAGCUGCAUCGGCCGGCAAGAAGGGGCGGCUUUCGGGAGGCGGGGCUCGGGCUGCUGCCGCCCCUGCUACAGUGACUCUGCCGCCCCAGACCAUGCGUCUGAGGAUGCUGGACAUGUACAGUGGCUGCGGUGCCAUGUCGACGGGGAUUGAGAUGGGUGGCACUCCCAGAGGCGUCACCAUUGACACUGUGAGUUUUGAGCCAGCUCAAAAGGCUUCUGCUGCAGAUCAUGCCUCCGACCAGUGCUGGUCCGUGGACUUCAACGCAGCUGCAUGCGAGAGCAUGAAGUACAACCACCCGCUCUGCCAGGUGCGCAAUGAGACUGCAGACGAGUUCCUGGCGAUUCUGAAAGAGCUGCCGACCCUGCUGGAGCGUUAUGCUGUGUCCUCCGGUGAAAACGGUGUGUCUACAGCAGCAGCGGCAGCAGCAGUGUUCAUGGAUGCGGAUGGUGAGAAGGGCGGCAAGGCUGUUGCUCACAAACACAAGGUCGUGCACCACUCACACCACCAGCACCAGGAGGAGAAGCAGCAGCACCAGGAGCAAGAUCAGGAGCAGGGAGGUGAAGGGUCAAAGGCGAAGGUGGAAAACACCAAGGAGGUGGAAAUGGGAGAUGCGGAGGAGGCUGCAGGAGUGGAAGAGACAAAGGAGGAGAUUGAGGAGGAGAUAGAGGAGGUGGAGGCGAAAGGAAGGGGGAAGAGGAAGGGGAGGGUGUCGGCUGAUGAGGAUGGGAAUAGGAGGACCUCAGGCCGGAACAAGCGGCAGAAGAGCAACGGUGCUGCUGCCAGCAAGGGCAGCUAUGGGAAGGAGAGUGGGAAGACACAGGAGGAAGAUGAAGAGAGCAGUGAUGAGGAGAUUGAUGAGGGGGAGUUUGAGGUGGGGCGGAUCGUCGGGGUGAGGUACAUUGCUGCCACGGAGAAGGGACGGCCAGCUGGCAUUUACUUCAAGGUUCAGUGGAAGGGGUACGGACCAGAGGAGGACACCUGGGAGGCAGAAGAGAGCCUCGGCUCGUGCAAGCUGGCUAUCCGGGACUAUCUGGUGGAGGUGAAGGAGAAGAAGCUGCUACCUCUGCCGGGCGAUGUGGAUAUCAUCUGUGGAGGGCCGCCGUGCCAGGGCGGCGAUGUGGACAUCAUCUGUGGAGGCCCCCCAUGCCAGGGCGUGAGCGGCUUCAACAGGUUUCGCAACACUGAGGACCCUCUGGCAUGUGAGAAGAACCGGCAGCUGAUUGUGUUCAUGGACCUGGUGGGUUGGCUGGCGCCCACGUGGGUGCUCAUGGAGAACGUGGUUGACCUCAUGAAGUUCAAAGAGGGCAUCCUCGCCAAAUACGCCAUCGCCCGCCUUGUGGCCAUGGGGUACAAGAACGUGGUUGACCUCAUGAAGUUCAAAGAGGGCAUUUUGGCCAAAUCUGCCAUCGCCCGCCUCUUCGCCAUGGGGUACAAGUCUCGCACGGGGAUCAUUGCAGCCGGUUGCUUUGGAGUCGCCCAUCAAGGAAAAAUUUUCACCCUAUUCCCCGUGCCUGCCCCACAUUCCCCUCCUUUCCCCCAUCCCCCCCUGCCUCCCCCCUCUUUCUCUCCCCUCCCCCUCCUUUCCCUCCCCUCCUUCCCCGUCCCUUCCCCUUCCCCCCUCCUCUCUUGUCCACCUUUGCCAUCGCAGGCGCUUCCAAGCUUUCCCUUACCCACACAUCUCGUCGCGAAGGAGAGAGGCUCUGUGCCCACCCGCUGGAUGAGGAACUUUGUUGGGUGGGAGGAGAAGUCUCCUGUGUUGAAGACGCUGAAGCCGGCACUCGUGCUCAAGGACGUGAUAUCUGAUCUCCCACCGCUGCUGGACCACCGUACGCACAACCUCAACGCCGAUGACUUCUAUCGCGUGGAGAGGAUUCCCAAACGCGAGGGAGCAUGUUUCCGCGACCUGCCAGGAGUGCUAACUGACCCUGUCACCAAGAAGUGCUCUCUGGACAAGACUCUCCAGCCCCGCCCGUUCAUCCCGCACUCAGGCAGUCCUCUGUGCCCUGACUAUGCCAUCUCAUUCGUGAAAGGCACCUCCUUCAAGCCCUUUGCUCGUCUGUGGUGGAAUGACACGGUCCCAACUGUUGUCACACGACCCGAGCCUCACAACCAGAAAAUUCUUCACCCGGAGCAAGAUCGAGUGCUGACAGUGAGGGAGAAUGCUCGGCUUCAGGGCUUCCCAGACCAUUACAAGCUGUUCGGCGAUGCCAAGGAACGGUACUGCCAAGUGGGCAACGCUGUAUCAGUCCCGAUUGCCAUGGCUCUCGGAUACUCCAUCGCAGGAGCUGCACUAGGAGGCACCUCCACUGCCACCUAUGGCCUCCCAAGCUCCUUUCCCUAUUUUCACUGA